CUUUAAUAUUGAAUAGUAAACAGUUAAGAAGCUGCAGCCGCAUGUGCUCGAUAUAAAUGUCAUGAAUUUGCUUUAUAUUUAUCAGAAAAGUCUACUUAAUCAAGGGAUUUCCAUUUUUUCCCUCAUCCCCACCUGUGGCAGGAAUUGAAGAUGUGUCCAGACAACUCAAAGGGAUUCAACGGAAGCUGCGACCGUAUCAAACUCGGAAACUUGGAUUGAACUCCGACUGAAGUUCAGGUAGAGAGAGGACCGCUGAUCGAACAGUUUUAAGGAUCGACACUUGGCUUGGUGAGAGGAAAAAACGCGAGACGCGUGCGCUUUCCUCUGACCAUGAUCAUGGGCACCAUGCGCUCCUCGCCGUGUGCGUAAGCUGCUGUGGAGGAUUCACACAUUAUGAGACGCCAUGGCAUGGUGUGACCGAGGGGUUCAGACUCUGCUGGCCAUCGCGGGGGCCUUCGCCGCCUUUAGUCUCAUGACCAUCGCCAUCGGCACCGACUACUGGCUUUACUCCCGGGCUUACAUCUGUAACGCCACUAACGCCACCACGGACGAGUCCCAGAUGCAAACCAAGAAAGUCAAAGGCGACCUGACGCACUCCGGGCUGUGGAGGAUCUGCUGUAUCGAAGGUAUCAACAAAGGAAGCUGUUUUCGGAUCAAUCAUUUUCCAGAGGAUAAUGACUACGAUACAGACAGCUCAGAGUACAUCUUACGUAUAGUGCGUGCAUCAAGCCUAUUCCCCAUCCUCAGUAACGUUCUGCUGAUGUUGGGUGGCCUGUGUGUCGGGGUUGGACGCGUCUACAACAACAAGAACAACAUCCUGCUCAGCGCUGGCAUUCUGUUUGUGGCUGCAGGCCUGAGCAACAUCAUCGGCAUCAUCGUCUACAUCUCCAGCAACGCCGGAGAUCCCAGUGACAAGAAAGACGAGGACAAGAAGAACCACUACAACUACGGCUGGUCCUUUUACUUUGGCGCCCUCUCCUUCAUCGUGGCCGAAGCAGUGGGCGUCCUCGCGGUCAACAUAUAUAUCGAGAAAAACAAAGAGACACGCUUCCGAGCCCGGCGUGACUUCAUCAAGACCACCUCCUCCUCUUCGCCAUACUCACGCAUCCCAAGUUACCGUUACAGACGAAGGCGCUCACGCUCCAGUUCGAGGUCGAGUGACCCGUCCCGCGACCCCUCUCCAGUGGGGAUGAAGAUCGGUGGAGGAAGUGGUGGAGCAGGAGGAGGAGGAGGAGGAGGGUUGGGGAUGGGUUUGCCAAUGGGGGAUAUAUCUCUGUACGCCCUCAGUAGGGACCCUCUGAAGGGCGGAAGUGCGACUGCAGGGCCCUACAGCCCAGAGAGGGACUCUGGGUUUUUACAAGUCCACAACUGCUUUCAGAAGGAUGUGAAAGAUGGAGUGAACAGGAGGACCACGCCGGUAUGAGGUCAGGAGUGUAUGGCUGUGUAAAACAAUAGGCUUGAUGGAGCACAUUAGAUAUUGUACAGCUGAUGAGAAAGGACAACUCCUCCCCGGGGCUGUUCAGGCAGCGGCAAUGUUGAAAGGUCAGGCCUCAAAAUUGUUUUUCCGUUGCGUCCCUCUGUGACAGAAAAGUGCCAAUCUGUGUUGCAUUUGGAGGAAGAGGGAAGGUGAUAUCAGAACAACUUUUUACGAUAUCUAAAAUGUGACUGCAGACCGUUUGUAGCAACAUUUGAAGAGUUUAAUUCUAAAAUGUGAUACCCACCAUGUGUGAGUGACUUCUCCUCCUCCUCCUGAAAAAUAUCGUAUAUCUUCGGGUAUUCUUUACAAGAUAAUUGCUUGAUUAAAGAAUUAAGCUUUUAUAGACUUGAUGCUCAAUAUAAUACAGAUUCUGAAUAUUGAACUUCAGGUAAUGAUGUUUUGUAUAGCAUUUUGGAAAAGAACGUAUUUCUUUUAUUCUGAGACAAAAAGAUGUUUGUCUCCAAAGUUGUUUGCUCAAAUGAAGUGAUUCAUGUGAUUGUUUGAGUAUUAUUGUAUUGUAUUUGUUUGUAACUUAACACAACUGGUGCUAACUUAAUCUGUACACCUUUGAUAGUCUUAAGCCUUCUCAACUGCCAUUUAAAUACUCCUACUGUAUCUCAAUAACCUCUCUCUUAAGCUUGUGUGAGUCAGGUGGUAAAUAUGUGUGCUGCGGUAUGUGAAAUGUGUGUUAUUGCUCUGAGACACUGCCACGCUAUGACACAUAUGGAUUUCUGUAGAUAUAUAGCGACAAAAAUAAACAAGGCACACAGUAAUGUCAGUACAUUCCAGUAUGCUGUGUGAUAUAUCGGUGUAAACAUUGUUUGUACAGACUGUGCCGUUUGCUCUCCAUUCGCUCAGGGACGAUGUAUGGACACAAAUGAAUCUUUCUCACUUUUAGAGAUGUAGAGCUUAUCACGAGAGAGAACAAAUAUGUUUCAGUUGUUUUCCUUAUCUAAGCCAGACAGACUGUUACUGUGUGUAAAAACAGAGGUGAGAUCACGCUGUGUGUGUUGCUGUUAAUUAACAUGUGUCUGUACUGCCUUUGUGUUAAGAAGGUUUUUGAUAUAUUUGUAGUCGAUGCGGAACUUCUAUUCAAAGUAUUUCUGUAGUCUUAUUGCCCCAUAUCAAUUUGUUGUCAUUAUAAUUUCAAAGGAAUUGAGAGUUUGUGUUACGUGACGUCCUGAAUUUGACAGCUGUCUUUGCAUGACAUUGAAAAAUGGCAUUAUUAUGGCAAUGGAUGGCUACAUCUGUACGCAUAUCCAGUUAAUCUCUUGAUCUGUUCGGGGGUUAAAGGGUGAGUUUGGCAUUUUUCAUCUUGGUCCCUGUUUUACAUGUUUUUGUGUCUAACUGACUAAUGGGAACAAUUUUUGAAAUUGGUCCAGUAUUGAGUGAGAGCACUGCAGCCAGCAGCCGUGAAACAGAAUGCAAUGUAACCACUUGGGGGCAAUUAUACACUGUGAAUUUAUGCUCAAUCACAGUGCUUGUUUUUGCCUCUGACAGGCUCAGAUUAUUAUUCUAAGUGUCUGAGAAUAUUGUUGAAAGGAUUCCUUACAGAGAUAGACCUUUUUGUGAAAGAGUAAGAUCCUUUUUGUUAACCAGAAACAGUCUCAGUUUGCUAUCGUUAAAUCCACCAGACUACAUUUAAAUAUAUAGUAAUUUUAGUGAGUAGAGAGCUAGAAUAUUUUCACAUCUAACUGAGUUAAUUAAGGGUUUAUUUCAACUAAACCAGAGUUAGUGAUGUCGUACUAGUGGAAAGACAAAGUAAGAUGGCUUUUGUGAUUUUAUUUUGUUUUUGUCUACUUUUGAUAAAGUGUGUCUUACAUUUUUAAAAUGAUCGUUUAUUUAAAUGGAGUCUGGUGGGUCUGGUGAUGGUGAUUUCAGGGCUGUUUCUCAUUAAAUAAACAGGAUUUUAUCCUUGAUAAAAGCUUCUAUCUCUGUAGGGUAAUUUCCAUAAUGCUGUUGGACACUUAUAUGAAAAAUCUGAGCUCAUCAGUGGCAUAAACAAGCACAUUUAGAAGAUAUAAAUUGACCGUAUGAACAUGCCCUUAGUGUUUAGACUUAGACAUAAAUGGGAAAAUAGGAUCCAGCUAAGUCCAAAUUUAUCCUUUAGUGCAAAAAGUUGUUUUCUUCUUUGUAUGUUAACAAGAAAAUAAUGACAAUAAAGGAAACUGAACAACAGCAACAUGAAACAGAAAAUACAUUUUGUCACAUUACAAUGAGACUCGGGGGGAACAGGACAGAUGACAGUCAUUUUACAUGCAAUAAACAAAUUGUGUUAUAUGGUUUAAUUUUGUUGUGCAAGGUUUCUGUGAUUUUGUCUAGAGUGGAGUGUUCUGUUGACAAAUUGAGCCAGUGUUAUAUGAUCGUUUUAGCCGCAGUUAAUGCUAUUAGUGUUGUGUGACAUUAAGUGCAGAGAGGUUACCCAGGGGUGACAUGGUUGGACUCAUGGGGAUGCUGAGGCAGAAUAUCUGGGAUAGCUUGCUCUUGACCUCCGACCAGUAAGAUCAAAGCGCGCAGAGCGUGAUGGCAUCUGUUGCAUGUGGACAGUUAGGGCAUUUUGUAGUACCAGAGAAUCCCACGAGGAAGAGUUGUCUUAGCCCUGUGAAGAACCUUUGUUGCAUUAAUUGGAAAGUGUUGGAAAAUGUCUUGUCGCAUUAUACUUGAUAUCAAUGUAGGUACUGAUACACUGUUUUUGUGAUGAGAAAAAAUAUACAUAUAUAUACAUUUUCGGGGCCUUCAGUGACUUUAAUUAUGGAUAGGUGUAUCAUUAUGGAAAUACUGAUGUUUAGUUUCUCCCUCUUUCAGCUGGUCAAAGGUCAUGAACAAGCCGCCACUGAACAGGUGCCCCACCCAGGCUGACACCUCCCCUCUGCUCCCAUGCUGUGAAGAACAAAAAGAACCCUAACCCUAACCCUAACCCUCAGUCAGGACUCUUUCCAUUCAGCCACAUGCUCUGACUUUUAUUACAUCACAUUAAAUACCAGCUAUCCUAAAUAGUGACUGCUGAGGCUCAACUAAUUACACUUAACUUCAGUUUUAGACUUGCUUGUGGUUUAAUGCAAAAAUAUGAACAAAGAAUUGGUCCACUGCGUUUGUUUUUCUCUAUAGAGGAAGUAUUUAGCUAAUGACGCGGGGCUGAUGGGCCUGCUAGGCUCUGCUAUGAAACUGUGUGGCAGACAGUCAGGCAACCACAGGGUGUUAAAGGAAAUCGGCAUCAGCCAACUUAAUGCUUGACUGAACUAACAGGCUCCCAAAUGCUCAUCCAGACUUCAAAAAGCUUGUCUCCUUGUCUCCGAACAAAAGCCGGAGCAAAGCAAGCGUUGUGUGUGUGUGUGUGGAGGGUUAGUAAAAGUUCAAAUUACUCAUUCUUGGUAUAAUACAUGCUCGACUGGGUUCCAUGUCAGCUCCAUGGUUUGUUUCCCAGUUGAAUAUUUUUAGCAGCAGUUGGAAUUGGCUUAAUUUGGUUGUUGGUUAGUGAAUCAGUGUCACAGCGGUUGCCAUGCGUACUUAAAUGACAGUGCCAUGAGAGGGCAUGUAGUUUGUGUGAAAUCUCUCUCCCAGCUACUGUUGUCAUUCAAGUCACUGACGCGGACAAGGGGAAGCCUCGAAUUAGAAUUGACUUAUUUUCAUUCUGCGUGUGUCUGAUGUAUCUUUGUCAUGCCACACCAGUCUGAUGACCUUGUUUUCCAUUCCAGCCCUGAAUUUGAGCAAUUCCUCUUCACCCCUGUCCUCUGUCCAUCACCCAGGCUGUUAAGCCCCAUGCAUUUGAAUGCCAUGGACCCUCACUGGUAUUUUCAUCCACAAUAAAGCUGCGCCUCCACUCCCUCCUGUCGUGCGCCAGCAAAAUGUCUCCUCCAGUAAUUGAGAGGAAAAUGGCGGGGUCACUUCUCCAUGCAGUCACAGAAGUAGCCAACGUGCUUGUUAGCAUCGGUACCUUGCUGUGCAGGGCGGAUAAAAUAACGCUUUGGGAUCUCAACUCAGGUUCUGCCUUUGUAACUUGAUUUGCUGGCAUGACAAAUGGUUCAGCACCCUUCAUGGUUCACACUUCAGCUAUGUUUAUACUGAACCUGAUACACCCGACGCCAUAACAAAACAUUUACAGCCAGCAAUGAUUUCUUUAAAAAGCACUUUAACAGCUGUAAUUUUAGUUGAAGAUAUUUUGAAUUUAAUUAUAGGUCAUAUGUCUCCUCUUGUAAGGAGAAAUGAUUUGUGCUCAUUGCUGAACAAUAUAAUUACAAGUACAAUUUGCAGGUGUAAGUGUUACAACAAUUCAUUACAAAUCUGGCAUACAUUUGUAUAAAACAGAGCCAUUAACCUGACAUUAGAUUUUCUGUCAUUAAAUAAUGACUUAUUGACCUCAUUUUAAGCCCUCUUGAAGAUAUUUGUGCACACAGAGAUAAGAUCUUUAUCAAACACAGGAAAAAACAACAUGUUUUUCUUUUCUAAAACCACAAUGUCUGACUAGAAUAAUGUCAUUAACUGUCGCCAGUGGUGAGAGCAACAUUGAACACCAUGUUGCUGCUUGGAGAGCCAUUUUAUUCAUUCAUAUGAGGGAAUAACUGUUAACAUGUUAAUUUAAUAUUUUGAGAUCUUCACACUGUUUAUUUGCACACCAUGUAUUUAGAGGUGACAGGAUGGAUGUUAAAGCCCGAUGUGAUUUCCUCCUGAGUGAUCCCAUCUCCGCAGGCAGCGCCCUCUCCUCCCUUUGAAAAUUUAAAGUGACUGAGAUUUCUCCCAGCAGGUGGGCUUGAUUCCUCGCUCCCUGUUGAUAUAUCGGUGCCAUACUGUCGAUCCAGGAACCACAGGUGUCCAUUACCAUUACCAUGACAUCUGUCACUGUGCUAAGACUGGAUUUAGCCGGCAGAAGUUAGAGCUUAACCUUUUUUUAUCCGCUGUGGCACAUGAAAAACAGCAGACCGUCAUGGCUGUAAUUUUUGCAAUGUUUGCAGAAAUGCAGCAUAUCUGAGAACAAGCAGAAAUCACCUGCUUUAAACCUGUGAAUAUGACCUAAUCAGCUCUUUCAACACGUUUGACAGGAGGUGAGAAUAAGUCCUCAUGACAUGACGACACAAUGACAAGAUGUCUUCUCCCCAGUAAACAUUAACAAGGUUAAAAAUAUGAGGGGCAAUUAAAUAAAUCACUGGUGUGCAUCAAUGUUUUUUUUUUUCAGAUUGGUUGAAAAAAUAUUAAAUCUGCCUUUUUAAAAUGGGUCGAGAGUUGACAGCUAAGCCAUACUUAAUGUGGAAUAUUAUCCAACAAAGAGAAAUGUUCUCCCCUCAUCCUAAAAUGGCCCUAAAUCAAUACUACCGUACUUCGUUGUUUUAAAGCGGUACAGUGUAGCAGCAGUGUUGUGUGUGUUUGGCAAACCUCACCCCAAAAGUUCCUGUACUUUCAGAAAAUACUACCCUCUAAUCAGAGACUUUUUGGGAGGUAAAAAGUAGUCAUUUAGAUCCUGGUCCCAGCAGCCGAAAUGCAAUGAGAUCUUGAUCAUGAGGAAAGUUCCUGCUGUCAAAAAGGGGCUCAUGAUAUCAGGAGAAUCAGAUGGUUAUAAUAAAGGAUUUCGAAAUGGUGGUGAAAAAAGAAUCAGAAUUUUAAAGUCAUAGCUGUGAGAUUGGUACAGAGAGAUUUUUGGUGUGUUCUUUUAGUCGUUUUAUCUUUAAUUGUGCUUCAUACACCUUCAACCCUCUAUGGUCUGCGUGUCUGUUUCAGUUGAGGGCUUGUAUUAUGGGUGAAAUGGCAACAUAUAUAAUUAAUGUAUAUUAUACGAUACAACAGAGUCUGUAAAUACAAAGUGUCUAAUUAUUUCCAUGAAAGGUUUGUAAUGUAUCAUUUUGCUGAUAAAUUACUCUGAAAUAAAAAAAGAGUGACUGGAAA